AUGGGGCUAUUGGCAUGCAAGUCUUCUGAAAGCGGUGUGUUGCAUUCAGAUAACCUCCUCUGGGAUAACCUCCUCUGGGAUAACCUCCUCUGGGAUAACCUCCUCUGGGAUAACCUCCUCUGGGAUAGCCUCCUCUGGGACACACUCCUCUGGGACACACUCCUCUGCAUGGCACCAUCUUUGGGGGAGCCUCCCGCAACGGAGGAACGAGCUCAGUUUGAGCUGAUCAUGAAGCAUGGCCAUCACGACCUAGUCCAAGCGGUGGCAUUCAAUGCCUACGGUGACCGGUGUGCGACCGGGUCAGUCGAUGGCAAGAUCAGGGUCUUCAACCGCCACAAGGACAGUAUCUGGAGAUUAUGUGAUACUUGGACUGCUCAUGGGGGAGAGAUACUCGAACUGCAAUGGCUACCGCCAACCGUCUAUCCCAACCUCGUCGCAUCACUGGGGAUAGAGGGCCGCUUCAAGCUCUGGGCAGAAGACCCAUCCGCCGCCCCGGGCCGUCGGUUUGGCAAUCGCUCAAAGGACAAUGCCAAAGCUGCCUUCGAACACCGCUCUCCGCGCGCCCCAUACCGCUCAUUCUCCCUCAAGCACAACGAGGAGACGCGCCAGACCCAUCUCGCCCUCCUGGCCGCUGACGGCCGGCUGACUGUCUAUGAGAAUGAGAUGUCCGAAAACCUGUCCGACUGGACCCAAAUGGACGAGCUGUCGGUAUGCGACAAGCCCGCCCGCGGCGAGGAGACGUCCUUCCGCGUGCGGUUCGACCCUAACAUUGACCCCUGCUACAACGCCCUGCGCGCUGGCAUGCCUACCGACACGCUGAGUCUGGUUGUUGCUGCCAUGGACAAGGUCAAGAUCUACCGGACGCGCGACGUCGUCAUUCAUUCCUACGGUGUCCCUUCCACCAAGAAGGAGUUCUACGAGGCGGCUGUGGUAUCAGCGCACCGUGGAUUGGUCAGAGAUGUCGCGUGGGCGCCCGGCAAUAUCAGGGGCUACGAUAUCAUUGCAUCGGCCUGUAUGGAUGGCUACGUGAGAGUCAUCCGGGUCGACACACCGCACGACGACAACGACGGCAGAACAUGGUCCUCGAGUGACCUGGUCAAGGGCGGAUCCCGUCCAGAGACCUCGUCCAGGGCUGCCGGGAACGGAUCAGGUGGGAGCCAGGCACAGCAGCCCUCGGGCAUCAGCCAGGGCGUGCACCACCCUACAGCCGAGGGCGACAGGAGGAAGAACCAGGCUGGACACAUCUAUCACACGAUGCAGUCGCUAUCUAUGCUGGAGAACCACAGGACUCCGAUGUGGAGGGUCGGGUUCGACGACGACGGACAGAUACUGGGGUGUGUUGGAGACGACGGCAAGCUUCUGUGUUUCCGACAACAGGCCGAUGGACAGUGGCGCAAGAGCUCAGAAAUCGGAAUCAUGAAGAUGAAAAUGGCCGUCCCGUCGUAA